UUUUUUUUUUUUUAAAGAAAAAAAGAAAAGAACACGCUCAAGGUGUUAGGAUGCAGUCUGGAGUGAAGACGCUCUCCGCAGGUGGAGGUGCGUCACUCUGCUGCCUGCUGCUUCUCUGGCUCAUCUAUUCACAUCUGCUUAGAGAGGGCCAGUUGGCGGUGGGGACCUGCGAGAUAGUGAUGCUCAACAGAGACAGCAGCGUCCCCAGACGGACCAUCGCCAGGCAGACGGCCCGCUGCGCCUGCCGGAGAGGCCAGAUCGCCGGCACGACCAGGGCGAGGCCGGCAUGUGUCGACGCUCGAAUCGUGCGGAGUCGUCAGUGGUGCGAGAUGGCUCCGUGCCUGGAGGGCGAGGUCUGCAGCUACCUGUUCAACCGAUCCGGCUGGACCUGCACCAGGGGCAGCGGUCGCAUCAAGACCGUCACGCCUUUGCCCAAGGAACCGUCGUAGGAUGCAGAGAAGACAGCAAGUUCAUUGACAUCCACGCGACAAUCGGAACCGAGACCACCAGAACAUUGUGUCCAUUCACCAACGAGAUUUUUCCAAACGUAAUACUAAAAUAAAUACAUAGCGAUGUUUCCCCCUAUCCCCACAGUGAAAGACUCUCGGCUGACACUUCUGAGAACUCUGAGAAGUCUAAAGUGAGCGGCAUGGUACUCCAUCGGCAUCGAAUCUUCACCGCAGCCAAAUUCGUGGACACCUCGCCGAACAUUUACCGAUGGCGCAGUGGAAUAUUCAUUGAAGUACUUCAUCUUUUAUUUUUUGUCCUUGUUAUCCAACAUUGUGGUCCACAGGGGACGGCCCCUUGAAGAAUUGUCGUACCUUUUUGUCUUGAUUUAGACUUGUCAGAAGGUCUUUCAGAAGUCGAUCCCCUUCAUCUUCUUUACUAUCCCGGCGAUGAAGCCGUCCACCGUUAUAUUCCAGCCAAGUUCCUUUAACGACAGCGCACCGCUGAAGAGUAACGACUCUGCGGAGGUUGAGCCGGGCCCUUAUUGUCCAUCGGAUUCUUUUCUCUCAUUUGGCUGAUGGGUGAAACUUUACACCUCUGCAGAUAAAAACACACAAGACGGAAAAAGGUUGUGAGAAAGCAUGAAGAUUCUCUUGGAGCGUCACCGAGGAGUUCGACAACAAUGAGGCGGCUUAAAGACUGACGGUCACGGUGGUGAAACGAGGACAUUUUGAGCGUCUUAGCUUAUAACUUAUGUAUUUUUUUAAUGUGGUGCCAACAUAGACUAGAAGAGUCGUUUUUCUGUUGUCAAUGAAGCUCACACAUCUUGUACCCACCACCGGGGGCAUUUAGCAGAUGUGGUCACCCGGCUCAUGUUAAUGGUCUGUUUGUGCCUCUCACCACCAUGUGUGUGUGUGUGUGUGUGUGUGUGUGGGUGUGUGUGUGUGUGUACGCUUGUGGGCCUGUGUGCGAGUGUGUGUGACCAUUCAGAAAUACUGUGAAAUAAGUCAUAUCCAAUGCAUCAUUCAUAUUCUUGUAUAUAUUUUUGGGGACCCAGACCAGAGCUCACCACCCGGCUAGAGAAGCAUUUGUGAUUUUACAGAUGUCGAGAUCUCGUUUGAAUCCUGGGACUGACUUUUCUU